GAGAUUCUCUUGGCUUUGAACACUCGAGCGAGUCGGCUGCCUACGCAGAGUAUGCGGCGGCUGUGGCCAAGAACGAGGCUGAGAGGGAGGCAACAUGGGCGCGUCUUCCAAGCCAUGUCAGCACUCCAUCUCUAGCCUAUCUCAUGCCCUCAGCCCCGCUUCAUCCUUAUCUGACUCCCCGCAUGGCAACUGGCCUGCCACACUCGUCACGAUCGGCAAUGUGGGCUCAUCUGCUGAGAGCCCACUCGCUGAGAGCCCAGGCGAGGCCAGGCUACUAUGCUGCCCUCAUCGCGCCAUUGGCUGGAGGAAGGGUGCCCUCGCUUGGACAGGAUUAUUCUUCACUGAGGAACCAGUCAUCGGUGGCCAGCUCUUCCGCUCAUCCGAUGAGUGGGCAAGCGGACGAGUUGAACUCGUCUGUGGCCUCGUCGCAUCGCUCAGAGUCGCACACCUCGCUCCUGGCGCUCGAGGCCGAGGCCGCAGAGUCGGAUCGUGGCCGCUUUCGUCAGUCUGGAGACAUGCUGCCGCCGGUGCCACGGACGGUGGCUGAUGUGCCCGAGGCGGUGGUUGCCCAGAUCGGAAAGGACUUGCCACGCACCUUUCCAAACCAUGCGCAGUUUCGCGACGGCGGCCAGCUGAGGCACUCGCUCUCCAAUGUCCUCCUCGCCUACGCCGCCCACCAUCCGGACCACGCAUACUGCCAGGGCAUGAACUUUGUCGUCGGUCUCCUCCUUCUUGUCACCCCGGACGACGAGGAGCUAGUCUUCUGGGAGGCUGUUGCCAUCUUUGAGGGCAUUCUCGUCAACUACUUUGCGCCAACCCUCCUUGGCGCGCUAGUUGACAUCCGAGUCCUUCGCGCUAUGCUUGCUCGCGAGGCGCCCGAGCUCGCCCGCUGCCUGCCCAAGGAGGAGGUCCACAUUGUGGCCUCCUCGUGGUUCCUCUCGCUCUUCAUCAAUACCUUUACCCCGCAAUCUGUCCUCCUCAUUCUUGACUCGCUCUUUUUCUGCGCCUCGUCGCUCUUCCUCGUUGCCACUGCUGUCGCCACCCUCCAGCUCAACGCUGAUGUUGUGCUUGCUGAGGGCACGGCGCUCGGCCUCCGCCCGCCGGCCUCGAACAGACUCAUCUACGCGGAUCCGCUGCCCAUCCUCGCCUGCGCCCACACUAUUCUCACUCACAUUCCGCUCGCCACACUCGACGAGCUCCGCGCCACGUCGCUGGCAGACAUCCAGCGCUCCAACGAGCACGCCGCGCAGCUCGACACCCUCGCCGCACUCUCCAAGCACGCCAAUUCGGUCCUCGGCCUCGCCCGCGCGCUCUCUGUCCUUCCGCCCGACUUUGACGUCGCCCUGCCUUCGCGCACCACUCUCGAUGCUCUUCUGGUCCGGGUCCAGACCCGGUUUGGAUCAACCGCGCUCCUCGCGCCCAUCAAGCGCAUCGACUCCAUGCUCUAUGGCCCGCUUGCCGUCGCGCCGGGCCUCGACGACCUCUUCCACGGCCUCGCCGAGGCCGCUGAGCUCUCGCCCGAGUCCGAGGCCGACGCCCGCAGCUCUGCCGUCGCAGAUCUCUCCGCCCUCGUCGACGCCGUUAUGGUCACGCUUGCCGAGCUUGCGGCCCAUGCUGUUGGCGAGCUUGUCCUCGAUGUCCUGCGCCCACCACUCCUUGCCUCGGCUCUCGCCUACUACGCCGCUAUCCUCCACAUCAAGUUUGUCUUUCGCCAAGCGCCGACCGGUCUGCCGUUCUCGCCCGACGCGGUCGCGGACCAGGUAGCCGAUUCUGGCCUCGCCUCGUCCGACGGGCGCCAGGUCUUUCUCUGUGAUGACACACCGGUCAUCUACUCGCGCCUUGUCUCCGCCGAGCUGCUUCCGGUCUCCGAGGCCGCGGAUACCAUCAUGGACAUGCUCACCGCCUUUAUCCGCGACUCGACGAGCCAGCUCUCCGAAAAGGUCAUCCACGUCCUCGCCCACGUCUCCAACACACUCAACGUUCUCGAGGAGCCGCUCGUUCUUGCCCAGCGCCAGUACAAAGCCUCACGGUCGGCUCCGCAGUCGCUAACCCUUGUCGCCGCCACUCUUCCCGCCCACCGCGAUGAUUCAUCACUCGCUGCCUCGCCGCGCUCGGGCUCCUCGCCCACCCUCCUCGCCCGCCUCUUUUCUGGCAAGCGCGGCGGUCGGCGGAGCAGGUCCGGUGGCGCAUCGCAUGCUGCCGCCUCCUCGCCAAGUGCGGGCCUCGACGAUUCAGGUGAGCUUUCGUCGCUCCCGUCGCCCACCCCGGGUCGCAAGUCGCGCGGCCAAUACAAACUCGAGGAAACCAUUCUCGAGCUAAUCGACACCAAGGCCAUGCUCUCGGGAGCCGGUGAGGCCUCGUUCGCCGAGACCGACGACGACACAAUGGCCGACGCCUUCUCGGCUCUUGCCUCGGAAGUCUCGAUCUUGCUGCAGAUCAUUGUCGAGACCUACUACGAGUUUGUCUUUGACAUGGCCUUUGACGCCCUCUCCAUGCAAGGCCUUGCGGCCUCGCUGCUGGCCUCGGCCUCGAGCGCCACCGGCGAGGCUCCGGCCGUCACCUGGUCGCGCCCGAUCCUCUACUCGCAAGAGCUCGCCCCGCCGCGCUUCUUCCCGCGCCUGCUCGCGGUCCACUACGUCCGCGCCCUCCGCACCUCGUCGCGGGCCCGGCUGGUCAAGGCCGAGCCAGCGGUCGAUGCCACUGAGCCGGACUCGCCGUCCGAGUCACUGCCGGCUCGCCUCCACCCGGUCACUCUCAUGGGCCUACAGGCCGUCCCGCUCCCGGUCGGCCCAUCCGAGCUCUACGCGCUUGCCCUGCUCCAAGAGCUAAUUUCGCUCCACACCCGUGGUCUCGCCGCCCCACUCCUGUUUGCCCCGCUUCCGCGCGGCGCCAUGUAUCUGGAGCAGCUCCUCCACGGUGCAAUGUUUGCUCGGCCGGACGAUCGCGCCGCCACCUUUGCCUGCAUCACCCCGGUCUCGUUUGCCAUGGCUGCUCUCAUGGCCAUGAUUGGCGACCUCUCGGCCACAGGCACCUCGUACAUCCUCGUUCCCUCUCAGACCGCGCCCGGCCGCUUUGAUCUCGUCCCCUGUCUCUCGUAUGAGACCGGCAUUGCGUUCUCGGACCCCAUCGUGAACGACGUCGAGACCGAGACCGCCUUUGUUGCUCUCGCCAACAUUCUCUUCUGCAUGCCCAACAUGCACACCCCGCUCCCGGACAGCGUCGUCGACAGGCUCCUUGCCCUCUAUCCAGAGCGCAUCCUACUCUCUUGGCUCGCCCGACUCCGGAUGAAGAACAACGUGUACACUGCCGCGGCGGAAGCAGCGGUCUUCACCCCGCAUGAGAUGGAGGCCAUGGGCCUCCCGCUCGCCUUUGUGCCCGGUGCCCCGGUGCGCGUCUACGAGCGCCUGUUGCGGGUCCAGUCGCUGCUCCGCGCCAAGGCGCAGGCCAACCUGCCCACCACAGCCUUUGAGGUCCUCUCACACAUCCUCCCAGUUGUCGCCGCCACUUACAUGCUCGCCGCCGAGUUCUCGCCCGAGCCCAACUCGGUCCUCACCACCAUUGCAUCACGCAAGGCGCUUCCACGCCCGGCAGAGGAGCUGCAGCUUCAGCGGCUGCGCGACGCGCGGCGCGACGAGUACCGCGGCGUCUCGCGCGAGCUCCGCAGGCACGGUGUGUGGCUUCGAGCAGGUGCCGCCGAUCGAGUUGUUGAGCCCGGCUCGGCACUGCACGCUUUUCUCAUGCACGUCAAUUGGGCCUCGCUCGCGCCGCUGGAGCGCCAGGACCGCUUCCUCCGCGCCAUCCGCCUCCUCGGCUUUCUCGAGUAUCUCGUCAUCCGCUACGACUCGGUCAAUGACGACGAGGACGAGGACUCGGUCCAGCUCGCGCUCACCGAUGCCUCGCUCGAGUCUCUCCUCGCCUCGCUUCCGCAGCUCCGCAGACUCCGCCUCGACUGCCCGCUCUCCAACGUCUCUGUCAACACCUUGCUGCGGCUCUCCAAGCUCCGGUCCGGCUCGCUCUCCAUCGAGCUCCGCCCUGGCCUCGGCAUGGGCGUUGCCGGAUGGGCCGAGCUCACCCGCCAGAUCCCCAUCCUCCUCGUUCUCAAGGGCGGUUCGGCACUGUUUCGCAUUCCGCUCCGCCCGCGGCAGCUCGACUACGACGACGCCAGCGCAGCGAGCGACCGCCCGUUCUCCUCCGUCCUCGCCCUCAUGUGGCCCGACAUUGUCCGGCUCCUCCAUGUGGUCGUCCAGCUCGACGACUACGAGACCGGGCUUUUCCUCCUUGACGAGGUCCAGGCCGUCGGCGAGGCCGAGCAUCGCUACAAGAUGGCUGCCGCUGCCGCCCAGAUGGGCAUGGCCGCCACCGGGUAUCUCUCACUCGAGGCCGGCGGCGCCAGCCAUGACCCGCGCAGCGCUUCGUCGAUCAAGGCUCGUCGGGAGGCCAAGCGCGCUGCCGCAAGCCUCCUCCGCAAGUCGCCGUCGUCCGGAACGCUCUCGGCCGCCGUCGACGCCUCAAGUGCCGCCGGGCCAUCGUUUGUGCAGGCGCUUGUCAAUGCCCGCCUCGGUGGUUUGACGCCGCUCCAGCGGGCUGUUCACGUCGGCUGCGAGCGCAUGGUCGACUUGCUCUUGCUCAACAUGGCCUCGCUUGACGUCAUUGGUGGCGGAGCGGGUGGAGGCUUGAGUGGGAGCGCCGCAGCCUCGUCGGCCUCGUCGUCAGUCGCCUCGCGGAGCGACGCCGGACCCCCACCGUCGCUUCUGGCCGGCCUCACCCCGGCCCAGCUGGCGUGCGGCCUCGAGGAGCCGAUCCUCGUCGACGUCGACGAGAGUGCUGACACUGCGAUCCACGCCUGGUCUCCUCUCACCUAUGCCGUCAUCCGCGGUGAGCUCAGCCUCGUCGAUCGCAUGCUCACCGAGUACAAGCUCCGAAGCAAGCCGCUGCCGAGCGGCAUUGUCGCCGUCGCCCGCGAGAAGGGCACCGUAGACAUCCAGCACGCCAUCCGCUCGCACCAGCGGCAAGUUAAUUGA